AUGACUGUCAAUCUGGAUGACGACCUGUUCACUAGUGCCAUCUCCGGAUAUCACAAAGCUUUUUUGGUCCAACACUCCCACCUCUCGGAAUCUGAACGAAAUCAGCUCUGGAUUGAACGGCUAAGUCAGUUCAUCCCGGCCUCCAAUGACCGGGAUACCAACUGGCAGCCCGCUGGGAGCCUGGGGAAACGGACUCGACAGGAUGCGACACCACGGACGUUGCCAUAUUCUGAUUCGGGUCUUCCUCGGGCAAAACGGAGAGCCACCACCCCGGAUCUCUCAGUCGACCUGACCCGCGACCUAUCCCACGCCUCCUCUCCCGACCUACCUCGGAACGGCGCUGCCUUCUCGGGACAAGGCUCCUACCGACACACGGCCAUGGUGCGCUCCCAGAGCCAGCAAGUACCGGUCUCCCACCAGCACCACCCAGCCAAUGCCGCCAUAGGUGAACGCCAAUCCUUCGGCCCGGUACGGACCCAUCGUCGCCUCGACCAUGUCGACGAAUUUUCGCCGUCCGAGUACGCGAAGUAUUUGGACGCCUCUCCUAGUCAACCAUUUGACUCGGCUUUGACUUUCGGACUCGCAAAUCACGGAGAAACUGGACCAUCCUUCCCGCAAUACCCUGAACGGACGUCCCCCUGGACCGAACAGGCCCCAGUAGCUGCGCCGGAGAUGUCCCGUAGCACGACCACCGACUCCUUGAUCGGCGGAAUCAACAUGUUCCGCUUCGACUCAACUGGACCGUCCCACUAUCAAGAACCGACCAGCUCCGUCCCGCCAGAGUGGGUGCCAACAUCCACCUCCGGCCUACUGUAUCAAGACCCUCUUCUCCCCCCGUGUACCCUGACCUAG